CAGUUAUGUCAUCAACAGAAAGUCAUCCUAGGUGGUGACUUGAGGGCUGACUCACCAGAUACGUAAUACUGACUGUUACUUUUUUAUGAAAAUGUCAUUGUUUUGACAAAGGGUUACUAAGAAAACAACAAAUCAUAUAAUGCCAUGUGAAAUGACAUAUAAAGUAAAAUAAUAACUACUUGCAUCUCUUUUUGAAAGACAUUGUGCCAAGUUUGGCAGUUACACAGUGAUGGACCUAAGGACCAACACUACCAUUGAUCUGCAGCUGGUUCAGUUUCACUUUCCACUCGCCAAACUUUCCCCUUGAUGACAGCGGUGGUGAUGUAUGUGGCUUGAGAGCAUAUUUAAGGCGACCCCUCACACAUCUAUCAACACACUCGUCUGACUUUGACACUCACUGGUCUCAUCACCGAUCACUUCUACCACCAAGACCCAAGAAGAAAACCAACAAUGUCCAGCAUCAUGAAAGUGCUCCUGCUCCUGGCUGCUGCGGUCUGCAUCUCUACAGCCAUGAUCAGAGAACCCGGUCAGAACUGUCUGUGUCAGGGUACCCGUAAUGGCAUUGGCGGGUCGAAGUUGAAGGAAAUCCAGAUCUACCAGCCCAACAGCUUCUGUAACAGACAGGAGAUUGUUGUCACCACCGACACAGGACGUCUCUGCCUGAACCCCGAUUUGAAAGCAGUGAAAGCCCUCUUGCGUAAGAUCCUAAGGAAAAAGAGAGCCGCCAUUAAACCAACCCAGUCCAGCUGAUUUCCCUUCGAACAGCAACAUGAAGCUCUGUUUCACUCCUCGGAUAAACACAUGACCUCUGACCCCCUCAGGACGGAACCUUUAUUGAAUGUAGACGUGAAAUGAGUCCAACUUUUUGUUUAUUUAUCCUCUAUCCUAUCCUAUUUAUAUGGAUUUCUCUGUCUUGUCUUACUUUCUCUGACUUGUCUUGUGAACAGAUUUGAUAUUUUAUGUUUUUCUAUUCAUGUUUU